AUGGUCGAUUCCCGCCACUAUUUCGUCUCCAUUCCGGAUUAUGACAUAAGGGACCAUGAAUAUGUUACCUACUUUGUCCAAGUUAGGGCCCUCUCUGAUGAUGCGCUAGCAUUGUCGAAUGGCAUUAAGUCAUGGUGCAUUUCGCGUCGAUUCUCUGAGUUUCACCGUCUUCGUGUUAUGUUGGAGCGCAAACUGCCUACCUGUCUGAUCCCACCGCUUCCUAGCAAGCAAGAUGGCGCUAGCAAAGGUUGGCAUAAGGUCGCCUCGAUUAUUGGCGCCAGGAGCGUUGGUCGCGUUUCUCUGGACGCCAUCCCUGGAGCUCUGAUUGGAAGGCGUUUUGAUGUCGAUUUGAUUGAUUCUCGUCGGCAGGCCCUAGAAGCCUUUCUGAAUCGUUGCUUAUCUCAUCCUCGAAUAGGCCAUUCCCUCAUUUUGCAUUCGUUUCUUAGUGAUUGUGAGGACUGGGUUGAAUAUCAGCAAAGUCAUGAAAACAGUUCAACGAAUAGGAUAAACACACGUGAAAGUGGUGGUGGGAAAGCGCAUAACUCUGACGAGGUGGUGUUACCAUCUUCAAAUCCUUUAUAUGGUGCCAUUUCCCCACCCGAAGCACUGCAACACAGGCUCCAGGAUCUUUUGGAUUCAAUUAAGCGAUUCGUUGACUUGAGGAGACAAAUCGACAGUAGACGAAGUAUGCUUAAUCAGUUGUAUAAGCAGGCGGCUGAUGCCCUUCAUCGUUGGUGCCCCUUUGAGCAGCAGAAUUCACCUAUUUCCGAUUCUAUUCAGACCCUGGCUCAUAUACUAGACAGCUAUCACGGUCUGCUGGCUCUGAUAGAGGACGAGGAAAGCGAUAUCAACGAUCGGUUGAGGAGUCACGUGCGUUACAUUGCCGCCCUCUUCGAGCUCUGCUCCCGUGAGGCUUCUGUCCGACAAGCCAUCGACGCUGAACGCGCUAGCCAAAAGCAACUGCAGCACGACGCCCUCUUACUUGAGAGUGGUAUGAGACCGGAGCUUAUUCCCAGCGUGGUGGGUCCGGUUUCCAGCACAGCCAAUAGCCUCCUCAACGGGCUAAAGUCGCUCUUCCACGGUGUUGAGUCGUCCACCAAAGCAAUCGAAGGAGAGGAUCCAGCGAUUGUCAAGGCUAUGGAGCAGAUCACAACCAAAAUCAGUGAUUCCUCCUCCUGCUUGACCGAACUGGAGGAGAUACGCUCGGAUUUCGAGAACUCCAUGGCUACGGAGUAUGCUUUCUUUGAGAAGCAGCAAAGCGACGAUCUUUUGACUACUAUGCGGAUGUACGCGACGAUACAGCUGCAGAUUGCAGAACGGUGUCGUCGGCUGUGGGAGCGCGCCCACUCUGCAAUGCUCAACGCCGCGCCGCGCAAUUCUUAUCACUCCAAUCGCGAUGCAAAUUCGGUAGGUGAUGACUUCCAGGCAUAUAGGGCGGUGAGUGUAUCAGAAAUACGCAUGCUGAAGGGCGAGGAUAUCGCGCCAAGUGGUGGUGCGCUACGCAAGUCGGAGCCGCUGUUACCAAUGUGUUAUUUUGGGAAGUGGGCCACUGGGUGGGCGAUACCUGAAGCACAAUCGGCAGCUUGGCAUUUAUGUAUUUGGCAGGGCUCUGCUCUCCAUGACCGCAAUAGUGACCUUCAACUUCCUAUGUGCAGUCGCACUACUUGCUUGGUUUACCGCUCUUCCUGCAACUGUUAUUUUCUUCAUAACUUAAGGCCAUCGUCAGAAUUCUACCUUGGCCUACAGAAAAGAUGGCAGAGUUCGAAAGCAGCUGAUGGGGAACGUUCGUCUUCGUGGGCUAUUGAGCUUAUAAGUAGCUGUUCUGAGUUAGAGCGGAAGCACUUGCAUGCAGCUUUGGAAAGUUUAUCGACAACAAAAGCUCCCACAAAAGAUUUCAGCCCUAUCUCAUACAGUCAACUUCGUCUAGUCUUUUUGGCUAGCGCAACACCAUUUAUUGGAUUUGGCUUCCUCGAUAAUUCGAUAAUGAUAGCAGCGGGUGAAUAUGUUGACUUGACAAUUGCAACUUUUUUCGGAUUUUCAACCAUGGCAGCUGCUGGUAUCGGGAACCUAAUAUCGGAUCUAUGCGGCUUAGGACUCGUGGGCUAUGUGGAACGUUACGCGACUCUCUUUGGUGUGAAAGCUCCCCCCUUGACUGAGUCUCAGAUGAAUUCCAAAUCCUUGCGACGGUGCUCCAAUUUGGGUCGGAUGUUCGGCAUAACGGUGGGUUGUUUGGUCGGAAUGCUCCCUCUCUUAUUCUUCCCUUAUGAAGAGGACGAAAAAGCGAAAGCCAAAGCAAAGGAAGGCGAAAAGGCCCUUAACUAG